UGGAAGAGAAAACAAAGCUCAAACCAAAUUCCAUGGUUUAUUUUGAAAUCCAGAUCCCAAUGAUUUCUUCCUCAAUUUUUCCUUCCCCUGUUUCCAAGUUUCAACGAUCAUUCACUCCUUUUCUUCUUGCGUAAUCAAUCCCCCACUAAGGAUCCAAUUUGUCCCAAACGUGUUCAUUCUCCCGCCCUAACAUCAUAUACCACUUCUGCUAUUUUGUAAUUACGUAUUUCAUCCGUUCGUUCAUUCUCUUUUGGUUUCUUUUUCUGUGUUGAAUCCAAUCGGAAGCAAAUUUCGUGUUUGGUUUGGAAUCAUACUGUCUGAUCAUUUCUAUUUUGUUAUGUUAAUGUUCAUCUUCUCGAACGAACUGUAACAGGGGCUGCUCUGUGUUGUUUAUGAAUUUAUAACUUUCCAUUAUGGACAAUUACGGUUCUUCGCCAUCGUAUCCAUACCACAAUCCAUAUGCAUACCCUUGUUCAGCUCCCCGUCAAUACCCACCUGCUUCUCAAUAUCCACCUUCUCAAUAUCUACAUCCUCAUUAUGCACAUCCAAGUUUCGAUCCAUAUGGUCGUCCUCUUUACCCUUACCCCUAUAGUCCUUCACAUGUCGCUCCAUAUGCGUAUCCCCCACACCCAUCCCAUUCUGGGUUAAUAGAGUAUAUUCAACAUCCACCUUCGUAUUCUGGUCUUGUAUCUUACCCUUAUCCUUACCCUGAUGCCUCAUCGCCUAAUAGUGGUGCUAGGCCAUCCAUUCAUUAUCAUAGCAAUUUCCAACAUGGUACAUCCCCAUAUCGGUAUCAAGAAUCUGUUGCAUACCCUUCACCAGAAACUCAAUACCGACCACCCCCUUCACGAGUAAAUAGCUUCUCUAGUCACUACAGGAUGGAUAACACUGAUUCAGGCUCUUCUGCUCACCUGCCUAUUGAUGACCUUUUGUGCAAUGUACAUUUGUCUGAUCAUCAACCAACUGCCCCUGCUUCACCUCCUGCACCUGUACCUGCACAACCUUCAGCUUCGUUAUUGGCGAAUUCUCCUCAAAGUAUGAGAUAUGAUCGGCGCGAUCGAUUUUAUGGCUUUCCCAAUUCAUCCUUUUCUAGUUUCGAUGUGGGGAAUUCAGAUCAAUUGACUGCAUCCAAGCAACCUUUGUUUUCCCAUUCAAGCUCAUUUGGUGGGUCUCAACAUAAUCAGAACUUGCAGAUUGUUCCAUUGCACAGUAAAACAUCAUUGAAAGUUUUGCUGUUACAUGGAAACUUAGAAAUAUGGAUUAACGAGGCCAGAAAUCUUCCAAAUAUGGACAUGUUUCACAAAACCUUGGGGGAUAUGUUUGCUAAAUUACCUGGCAAAAUUGAAGGACGCGUGAGUCAUAAGAUCACUAGUGACCCUUAUGUAUCGAUAUCUGUAGCAAAUGCAAUAAUUGGGAGGACUUUUGUUAUAAGCAACAAUGAAAACCCUGUAUGGAGGCAACAUUUCUAUGUUCCCGUUGCACAUUAUGUUGCUGAAGUACUUUUUUUCGUUAAAGACAGUGAUGUUGUUGGUUCACAGCUAAUAGGAACUGUAGCAAUUCCUGCAGAACAAAUAUAUUCAGGGUCUAUAGUUGAGGGAACCUUCCCAAUCCUAAAUAAUGGGAAGCCAUGUAAACCUGGAGCUGCACUGAACUUUUCUAUUCAAUAUACCCCAAUGGAGAGGCUCAGUGCUUAUCAUCAUGGAGUGGGAGCUGGUCCUGAUUAUCAGGGAGUUCCUGAUACAUAUUUCCCCCUCAGAAAGGGUGGAGCUGUUACUCUUUAUCAAGAUGCUCAUGUUCCAGACGGCCACCUUCCAAAUUUGAUGCUUGAUAAUGGUAUGUACUAUGUACAUGGGAAAUGUUGGCAUGACAUCUUUGAUUCCGUACGUCAGGCUCGCAGGUUAAUUUACAUAACUGGGUGGUCAGUGUGGCACAAAGUGAAACUAGUUCGAGAUACUGGCUAUGGGACAGAGUGUACCCUUGGAGAUCUCCUGAGGUCCAAGUCCCAGGAGGGAGUGAGAGUUCUGCUUCUUGUUUGGGACGAUCCCACUUCUAGGAGCAUUUUGGGUUAUAAAACCGAUGGUUUCAUGCAAACCCAUGAUGAGGAAACUCGCAGGUUUUUCAAACACUCCUCCGUUCAAGUGAUACUUUGUCCUCGCAUGGCUGGAAAACGACAUAGUUGGGUUAAGCAAAAGGAAGUUGGAACUAUUUAUACCCACCAUCAGAAAACGGUUAUUGUGGAUGCUGAUGGUGGAAAUAAUAGAAGAAAAAUCAUAGCUUUUGUUGGAGGACUUGAUUUAUGCGACGGCCGGUAUGAUACUCCAUCACAUCCCAUAUUUCGGACACUUCAAACAGUACACAAGGAUGAUUACCACAAUCCUACAUACACGGGUAGUGCUGUUGGUUGUCCAAGAGAACCAUGGCAUGAUCUGCACAGCAAAAUUGAUGGUCCAGCAGCAUACGAUGUUUUGACGAAUUUUGAGGAGAGAUGGAGGAGGGCUUCAAAACCUCAUGGGAUAAAGAAGUUGAAAUCAUAUGAUGACGCUUUGCUGCGGAUUGAAAGAAUUCCCGACAUAAUUGGAAUUUCGGAAUCUUACUGCACUAAUGAAAAUGACCCUGAAUCAUGGCAUGUCCAGAUUUUUCGCUCAAUUGAUUCAAGUUCUGUUAAAGAUUUUCCAAAGGAACCAAAAGAUGCCCCCAGCAAGAACCUUGUAUGUGGAAAGAAUGUGCUGAUUGACAUGAGUAUACACACAGCAUAUGUGAAAGCCAUCCGAGCUGCCCAACAUUACAUUUAUAUAGAGAACCAAUAUUUUAUUGGGUCAUCCUUCAAUUGGAACUCAAACAAAGAUUUAGGUGCCAACAAUUUGAUCCCAAUGGAAAUUGCACUAAAGAUUGCUGAUAAAAUCAGAGCAAAUGAGAGGUUUGCUGCAUAUAUUCUCAUUCCCAUGUGGCCGGAGGGCGUUCCAACUGCUGCUGCCACUCAGAGGAUAUUAUUUUGGCAGCAAAAAACGAUGCAAAUGAUGUAUGAAGUCAUCUAUAAGGCUUUGAUGGAGGUUGGUCUUGAGGAUGCAUUCUCUCCUCAAGACUAUUUGAACUUCUUCUGCCUGGGAAAUCGUGAGGCUACGGAGGGAAAUGAUUCUUUGUGUUCUGAAAGUCCUACUGCAGAAAACACCCCUCAGGCACUUAGUCGGAAAAGCAGAAGGUUUAUGGUAUACGUUCACUCCAAAGGCAUGAUAGUUGACGACGAGUUUGUGAUUUUGGGAUCUGCUAACAUCAACCAGAGGUCCAUGGAAGGAACUAGAGACACUGAGAUUGCUAUGGGAGCCUAUCAACCUCACUAUACGUGGGCAAGGAAAGUUUCACGUCCUCGUGGACAGAUCUAUGGAUAUCGGAUGUCGUUGUGGGCGGAGCAUACGGGAACUAUGGAAGACUGUUUCAACCAACCAGAGAGCCUGGAAUGCGUGAAAAAACUUAGAACAAUUGGAGAAUCAAACUGGAAACAAUUUGCUGGAGAAGAUGUAACAGAGAUGAGAGGACAUCUUCUGAAGUACCCUGUUGAAGUUGAUAGAAGAGGGAGAGUAAGAUCUCUUCCUGGACAUGAAAACUUCCCAGACGUAGGAGGAAAAAUAGUUGGUUCAUUUCUUGGCAUUCAUGAGAACCUCACUAUCUAAAUAUAGCCUCUGGUUGCAUUCCAAUACAACCACUAAUGAGCCGGGAAGCUGUCUUUACAGGUUACAGUAAUUGAAGAUUUUGAUAGGUACUUGUAAAGGAAAAAUAAUGGAGCAACACCCAUCGUUUCCUCCCUUUUUUGGUAAUGGCGUGUAACCCCAA